GUUUACUCUUGUUUUAUCUUCCCUCUUGUAUCUUAGAAAGAUGUUCAUUCUGUAAACGUAAUUGACCAUGUUGAAAACAAGAUGGUGAUGUUUAACCCAACAUAUGAAGAGAUGCACGCCCCUGAACAGGGACCUGCUAAUCCAUUCAAAACAAAACAACAGUUGGCGCAGAAAAAUACGCUUGCAGGGUUUGUACAAGAAGCGCAUUUCAACCACUUCACAUUUGAAAAUCAACGAAGAACUUUCCACAGCUAUGGUUAUGCUGUAGAUCCAUCAAAUGAUGAAACGGAGGCUGGAGACAAAAUUGUCGUUUCGAAUGUUGAUUUUGACCAUGACCCUGACGAGGACAAACCACCCAAGGAACCCAAACAAGUUGAUCCUUCUGAUGCAAAAACUGUGUUUGAGAAGAUCAAGGCUCGUCCUGAAGAUAAAAGGAAACGGAUUCGACAGAAUGACGCUGCGGAUAUCGAAGGUUUCCUCGGACCAUGGGGGGGUUUCGUUGAUGAACAGAAAAUAGCUAAACCGGAUGAGGAAACACAGAAAGAACUUGAUGAGAUGACAGCCAAGCGACAAAAGAAAGGAAAACCAGCUGAAGAAAAGUUUGUUGAAGAGAAAACGACGUUACACGUUCAAGAUCCCCACGAUUAUCAAGGUCGUUCAUAUCUUCAUAUUCCACAAGAUGUUGGCGUCAACCUUAAAUCAAGUAUGCCUCCCGAUAAAUGCUAUCUACCCAAGCGACUUAUUCAUACAUGGAGUGGUCACACGAAGGCAGUAUCGAGCAUUAAACUUUUUCCGAAGUCAGGUCACCUAUUGCUUUCCUCUUCGAUGGAUUGUAAAGUCAAAUUAUGGGAAGUUUACAACAAACGUCGAUUGUUACGAACGUUUAGUGGGCACGGAAAAGCUGUUCGAGAAUCAAGUUUCAACAAUGAUGGGUCAAAGUUUUUAUCAGCUGCGUACGACAGAUAUAUUAAACUAUGGGACACUGAGACCGGCCAAUGUAUAUCACGUUUUUCAAACAAGAAAAUUCCAUAUUGUGUAAAAUUCAAUCCAGAUGAAAAUAAACAACAUCUAUUUGUAGCGGGAUUGUCAGACAAAAAGAUUGUGACGUGGGAUUCCCGGUCCAAAGAUAUUGUACAAGAAUACGACAGACACUUGGGUGCAGUGAACACGAUAACAUUUGUCGACAAUAAUACAAAGUUUGUUUCAACUUCUGAUGACAAGAGUCUCAGGGUUUGGGAAUGGGACAUACCAGUUGAUUUUAAAUACAUCGCUGAUCCCACCAUGCACUCCAUGCCAUCGGUCACCCUCUCACCUAAUGAGAAAUGGCUUGGUUGUCAAUCUCUGGACAACCAGAUCAUGAUAUUCGACGUUCAAGGAAGGUUUCGACUCAAAAGAAAGAAAAUUUUCAAAGGGCAUAUGGUUGCAGGUUACGCUUGCCAAAUGACAUUUUCUCCCGAUAUGUCAUAUGUUGCCUCUGGAGAUGGAGAUGGUAAAGUUUUUAUUUGGGAUUGGAAAACUACUCGAAUGUACAGCAAGUUUCAAGCUCACGAGAGUGUUUGUAUUGGUUGUGUUUGGCAUCCACAUGAAACCUCUAAACUGAUAACUUGUGGCUGGGAUAGUCAGAUCAAACUGUGGGAUUGAGGGCAACAUGAUAACAGUAAUAUAUUCAUGCGAGUGUUCAGUAAGAACAACACUUACGUAUCAAUCAUAUCUCGCGGUUGCUUCAAUGUAUUUAAGUGCAGAUCAGUGAUUGCACUUAUUAUAAAUAAACUGGGAUCUUGAAUUUCUUUGGUAUAAUAAAAUGUGACAAUACAUGGAAA